GGGCGGGGCGCGGCAGCAUGGCGGGUGCGGGGCUCCGGCCGCGGGGCUGGGGUCCCCGGGAGCCGAGCGCCUGGGGCGAGGCGGCGGGGAGGCCCAGCCGGGGGCCGUGUCGGUGCGCGCGGGGCCGGGGGUCCGCCCCCCGGAAGCCGGCCGUGCCCGCCGCGUGGACGCCCUUCAUGGCGGCCGAGGAGAUGCACUGGCCUGUCCCCAUGAAGGCCAUCGGGGCCCAGAACCUGCUGACCAUGCCCGGGGGCGUGGCCAAGGCCGGCUACCUGCACAAGAAGGGCGGCACCCAGCUGCAGCUGCUCAAAUGGCCCCUGCGCUUUGUCAUCAUCCACAAGCGAUGCAUCUACUACUUCAAGAGCAGCACCUCCGCCUGCCCGCAGGGCGCCUUCUCGCUGAGCGGCUACAACCGGGUGAUGCGGGCGGCCGAGGAGACCACGUCCAACAACGUCUUCCCCUUCAAGAUCGUCCACAUCAGCAAGAAGCACCGCACCUGGUUCUUCUCAGCUUCCUCGGAGGACGAGCGCAAGAGCUGGAUGACCUUGCUGCGCAGGGAGAUCGGCCCCCUCCACGAGAAGAAGGACGUGCCGCUGGACGCCAGCCUCAGCGACUCCAGCUCGGACACCGACAGCUUCUACGGUGCCAUUGAGCGGCCUGUGGACAUCAGCCUCUCUCCGUACCCCACGGACAACGAAGACUACGAGCAGGACGACGAGGACGACUCGUACUUGGAGCCUGACUCCCCCGAGCCCGGGAAGCUCGAGGAUGCCCUGACGCACCCGCCAGCCUACCCCCCGCCGCCCGUGCCCACGCCCAGGAAGCCCGCCUUCUCCGACGUGUCCCGCGCCCACUCCUUCACCUCCAGGGGCCCCGGCCCUCUGCUGCCACCCCCGCCCCCGAAGCGCGGCCUCCCCGAGGUUGGCCCGGCUCCUGAGGACUUCAAGCGGGACCUGCUGGGCCCGAGGUGGCCGGAGCCUGGCCCCAGGGUGCUGGCUACCUCCCGGAGGAUGAGUGACCCUCCGAUGGGCAGCCUGCCCAGCUUGCCCACCCUCCGCAGACCCCCGUGCUUCCCUGAGAGCCCCAGCCCGGAGCCCCGGGUCCCCAGCCCCGGAGCCGGCCCUGCUGGCGUGGCCGCGGCCACCUCCAGGAACUGCGAUAAACUCAAGUCCUUCCACCUGUCCCCCCGCGGGCCGCCCACGCCCGAGCCCCCACCCGUGCCAGCCAACAAGCCCAAGUUCCUGAUGACAGUGGAGGAGGCCCCCCUGAGGGAGACGGCCAAGCCUGGACUGUUCGUGCCCCCCGUGGCGCCCCGGCCUCCUGCCCUGAAGCUGCCCGUGCCCGAGCCCCCAGCGCGGGCCCCGGUCCUGCCCAGGUCGGAGAAGACGCCCCUGCCUCACCUCCAGCGGUCACCCCCUGAUGGGCAGAGUUUCAGGAGCUUCUCCUUCGAAAAGCCCCGCCUGCCCUCGCAGGCUGAGGCCUCGCGGGACCAGGACGAGGCCACCGGUGGGAAGGACUCGGACGAGGACUAUGAGAAGGUGCCCCUGCCCAGCUCGGUCUUCAUUAACACCACGGAGUCCUACGAGGUGGAGAGGCUGUUCAAAGCCACCAGCCAGCGGGGAGAGCCCCAGGACGGACUGUACUGCAUCCGCAACUCCUCCACCAAGUCCGGGAAGGUUUUGGUCGUGUGGGAUGAAACCUCCAACAAAGUGAGGAACUACCGCAUCUUUGAGAAGGACUCUAAGUUCUACCUGGAGGGCGAGGUGCUGUUUGUGAGCGUGGGCAGCCUGGUGGAGCACUACCACACCCACCUGCUGCCCAGCCACCAGAGCCUGCUGCUGCGGCACCCCUACGGCUACGCGGGGCCCCGGUGACGUCUGCGCCAGAGCCGCUGGCCGCGGUGACCCUGGGCCACCUCCUCACGCAGACGAGACUGGCCUGCACGGGAGGAGGAGCUCUGGAUGGAGGCCUCGCCAGCAGACAUCCUGUGGAAUCGGCCAGGCCAGGCCCCGCCCCGCAGGCUGAGUCCCUGGAGGGCUGGAGGCUCUCGUGUCCCACCCCGCCCGCCCCGCUGGGUCCCUGGACGAAGCCCUGCCUGAGCUUCACGGACAGGAAUUCUGGUCCCCCCAGCACACCCACCCUGCCCUGGGCAGGGGGCUGGGCAGGGCUGGGCAUUUGGGUGGGGGCAGGGGCUGGCCCCAGGGCCCCCAGGAACGCUAAGACUCGGGCUCCAGCAGGGGCCUUUGUUGCACAAUAAAGCACAGGUGACCUUU